GCCAUGUGCGCCCAGCCUUCGUUUCCAGAGUAUAGAGUCGGCUCCAUCUGCACCUAGCCACAAAUCCGGGGUACGAUAGCUCUGUGUAUAUAAGACUGUGGAUGCUACUCGACCAUCACCUCAUCCAGAAGACAGAGGCAUCCCUUACUUGACUUACUCCAUACGCUCUAUUCUCGUUCACCAUUCAAAAUGCCAGAGCUCAAAGGCAGAGAGCCUUUAUGCUGACGGUUAGCUUGUUAACCUCGCUGGGUUUUAUGCUGAUCGGCUACGAAAAUGGCCUCAUGGGUGGACUUGUCAAUGCUCCUGCAUUGAAGGAUACCUUCAAUAACCCAUCGGCAAACAUGAUCGGCACUGUUGUUGCGUUCUUUGAGAUCGGCUGCUUCCUUGGUGCAAUGACCAAUGCGUUCGUAGGAGGGAAGCUGGGCCGCCGCAAGAGCGUCGGUAUUGCAGCUGUCAUCAGCUUGAUCGGUGCUCUUCUCCAAGCAACCACCUUCGGUCGCGCGCACCUCAUCGUUGGUCGUAUCGUGUCUGGAAUUGGACUUGCUCUCGACCCUCGACUUUGGUAUCAUCAUCGUGUACUGGAUCGACUAUGUUUUCGUGAGUCCCACAGCGAGCUAUCAUGGAGGGUUCCGACAACCCUGCAAUGCGUCAUCAUCUUCGCCAUCCUCAUUCUUUCCUUCAUGAUUCCGGGGAUGCCACGAUGGCUUGCUGCUCAUGAUCGUCCGGAGGAGUGCCUUGCAGUGCUGGCACGUAUCAAGGGAUCCACUGGUCUGAGCAAUCCGGAGGUGCAACGUCUGCACACUGUCAUUACUGAGACAGUCGCAUAUGAGAAUUCCCGCCAAGCCAGAUGGAAGGAAAUUGUUCGCAGUGACUCCAUCAAGUCCAGGAGGCGUUUCCUCAUCGCUUGCGGGAUCCAGAUCUUCCGACAACGUGAAGGCAUCACCGCUAUCAUCUUGCAGCGGACCGUUAGCAAAUACUGCAACGGACCGCUGGCGAACAAUACCCACAUGGCCUCGCUCAUGAGUGGCUUCCUCCAGACUUGGUUCUUCGUCGCCUCGUUCAUUCCAUGGUUCUUGAUUGAUCGCAUUGGUCGCCGACCUAUGUUGCUAUCCAUGAUUAGUGUGAUGGCUGCUGUCAUGGCUGUGCAAGCUGCCCUCAUCUACCAGGUGCACUUCGAUACUUCUAUGGCCAAGAGUGCUGGCAUUGCAGCGGCUGCAAUGCUUUUCAUCUUUCAAGGUGCCUUCACCAUCGGUUUCCUGGCCACCGUCUAG